GCGAGAGGGAAGACGAUGGGAAAGCGUAAAAGGUUGGCUUUUUUGUUUGUGCAUUGCACAGGCAUAGACCCUAAAAAGGGAACUUGCUGUUUCCUGCCAGCAGUGCACGAUCACAGACCGGCAGACCGGACGAGGUCGCCAUGGACAGGAAUGGCUAUGAUCUGCGGAGAGUUUGCGGCCACCGCAACAGACCAUUGCAUACAAGCAAGGGUAACAGAAACACUGCAGUUCUGCCCGAGUCUGAGGAGAAACUACAAUCAUUCGAUAACCCCAUGAUGUUUCACAAUGAGAUGCACUGCUCUAAACCAACAGACAAAAAAGAUGUUGACAUUAUCAAUAUAAAAGGGAUUGAAGAUAUAGGCUAUGCACAGCCAGAAUCCGUGGUUUUGAAUACAUUUUCUGCAGACCAGGAUGCUCGUCAUACAAGUGGCUUGUAUUUCCAAGAUGGAAAGCGCCAUGUGGAUUAUGUGCUGGUAUAUCAGUAUAAGAAAUCAAACCGCAAGGGGUUAAGUUCACGCCACCGGGGUUCGGUAGGAAGUCGGCAGCAGGAAGUGGACGUUCAACCUAACAUGCAGCCGUCGGAUUUCCCGGAGGAUGACCAGAGAUUGCGCCGGGAAGAGUUCGAACUAAAUCUCCUUGAAGCUGGACUGGAACUAGAGAGCGAUGAGGAGACUAAAGCUUAUGGCCUAGGAUUUGUGAAGAUACACACACCGUGGCACGUGCUGUGCAGAGAGGCAGAAUUUCUCAAGAUUAAGAUGCCCACCAAAAAGGUGUACGAAGUAAAGCAGAAAACUGGGAUCCUCAACAAAAUCUCGAAUAUUUUACAUAAAAUUACUUCACCUUUACGACCAAAAGUAGAAGAGCAGAACAAUGUUACAUUCAAGCAUCUGUCCUACCCCUUCUCCAGAGAGAAGAAGCACUUGUUUGAUCUUUCUGAUAAAGAUAACUUUUUCAGCAGUACAACGAGAAGCACAAUAGUUUAUGAAAUUCUAAAAAGAACAACCUGCACCAAAGCCAAAUACAGCAUGGGGAUCACAAGUCUUCUUGCCAGUGGAGUUUACGUUGCAGCCUAUCCUUUGCAUGAUGGUCAUUACAGAGGGGAGUCCGUAGAAGAAAAUGACAGAAAGCUUCUCUACGAACAAUGGGCUAGCUAUGGAAUAUUUUACAAAUACCAACCACUGGAUCUCGUUAGGAAGUACUUUGGUGAGAAGAUUGCAUUUUAUUUUGCCUGGCUUGGAGUGUACACACAAAUGCUGAUUCCAGCUUCCACUAUAGGAGUCAUAGUGUUCCUGUACGGAUGUGCAACUGUUAACGAGAAUAUUCCCAGCAUGGAGAUGUGUGACCACCGGGCAAAUAUCACCAUGUGUCCGCUGUGUGACAAGACCUGCAGUUACUGGAAGCUGAGUAGUACCUGUGCCACUGCGCGAGCAAGUCAUUUAUUUGAUAAUCCUGCCACAGUUUUCUAUUCCAUUUUCAUGGCGUUAUGGGCUGCCAUGUUCUUGGAACACUGGAAAAGGUGCCAAAUGAGGCUGAAUUACAAAUGGGAUCUUACUGGAUUUGAAGAGGAUGAGGAUCAUCCACGGCCUGAGUACGAGGCCAGAGUUCUGACUAAAGUUCUGGAAAAAGAACUUCAAAAGAAAGAAGAGACUGAAAAGGAGAAACUGACUUGGAAGGACCGUACCCCAGCUUAUCUGACAAAUAUAGUCAGCAUCCUAUUCAUGAUCGGCCUGACAUUUGCAAUAGUCUUUGGAGUGAUCCUGUACCGAAUCUCUACAGCAGCAGCUAUGGCCGUGAGCCCUGAUCCAUACGCCAAAGCUAACGUCCGAGUCAUUGUCACGGCCACUGCAGUUAUCAUAAAUCUUGUGGUCAUUCUUAUUUUGGAUGAAGUCUAUGGUUCCGUUGCUAGAUGGCUGACAAAAAUUGAGAUUCCAAAAACGGACAAAAGUUUUGAGGAAAGAUUAAUUUUUAAGGCUUUUCUGUUGAAGUUUGUGAAUGCCUACACACCAAUCUUUUAUGUUGCAUUUUUCAAAGGCAGGUUCACAGGUCGACCUGGAAAAUAUACCUAUAUCUUUCGCAACAUGCGCAUGGAAGAGUGUGCUCCUGGAGGUUGCUUGAUGGAGUUGUGCAUUCAACUGAGCAUCAUCAUGCUGGGCAAACAACUGAUACAGAACAACCUGUUUGAAAUAGGCAUUCCAAAACUGAAAAAGCUGAUACGAUACAUAAAGGCAAAAAGAGAGGCCAAACUGGAAACGGAAAGCAAUUGCAAGAUCCCUCGCCAAUAUGAAUCAGACUACAAUCUUGAGCCAUUUGCUGGUCUGACUCCAGAGUACAUGGAAAUGAUUAUCCAGUUUGGAUUUGUGACCCUGUUUGUGGCGUCCUUCCCGCUUGCUCCACUGUUUGCUCUGCUGAACAAUGUCAUUGAAAUCCGCCUGGAUGCUAAAAAGUUUACCAGUGAACUCCGAAGACCCAACGCAGCGAAAUCAAAAGACAUCGGUAUCUGGUACAACAUUCUCAGAGGGCUUGGGAAGUUGGCAGUCAUCAUUAAUGCAUUUGUGAUCUCAUUCACUUCUGACUUCAUUCCACGCUUAGUCUUCAUGUACUUGUACAGUCCAGAUGGCACAUUGAACGGGUUCACCAAUCACACACUGUCCUACUUCAAUGUGAGCCACUUUGAGCCAGGAUCAGAGCCACUUGAGCCCAUGGCACUUGGACACAAGGUUGACAUGUGCAGGUACAAAGACUACAGAGAACCUCCAUGGUCUUCACAACCAUAUGAUCUGUCAAAGGAAUUCUGGUCAGUCUUAGCAGCCAGGCUGGCAUUUGUCAUCAUUUUUCAGAACCUAGUUAUGUUCAUGAGUGAUUUUGUAGACUGGAUGAUCCCAGACAUUCCAAAGGAAAUCAGCGAACGCAUAUCGAAAGAAAAGUUAUUAAUGGUGGAUCUUUUCCUGAAAGAGGAGCAGACAAAGCUGCAAAUAGUGGAGGCACUUUCAUCGCAAGAGAAAGAGAGGACAGAGGAAAACAUUGACGGAUGUCCCACAGAAAAUCCGACGGAGCUGUCUGAAAACUGCACGGCCAGUGCAGAUACUUCCCAAUCCCAUUUUAUAAAUACAGAAAAGGAAGUAAUUUAGGAACUGAUUUUAAAGUAACAAGUUUCUUUAGUUGGGGCAUUCCACAAUGUGGCAAGGUGUCACUUUAAUGGAGCAGCAAUAUCUUGAAGGGCAUUAAUUAUGCCUUCAGUGGACGGCUUAAGUUUGCUGCUGUUCAUGUUGCCAUUUUGAAAAUGUUGAUGCAAGAAUCACUUUCUUUACAGAUGAGGUGGACCAUGAUUUAACUGUUUAAAAAAAAUAUAUCUAUUUUUACACAGUGCAAUGCAGGGAACGUCACUGUUUUGUAUUCCACAGGAAUGUUUCAGAUAUUUUCCAUUUCCUACAUAAUACAAGCCAACUUAUCCUGCAGCUUGGGGAAAAUUUCAUCACAAUGAAGGCAAUAGUUUGAGCUUUUUUUUGUUAAAAUUACAAUUAUUUUAGGUUCUGUAUUUUACAUAUGAUAUAAUUAGUUGUCAUUUGCAUUUCCUCUUUUGCUGCUUGUUUCUUUGGGUAAAGGAAGAGUCUACCCUUCUAACACGCACCCCUACUCCUUCCAACUCUUAACACCCUCCAUUUGAAGUGAUUACAACUUGACCAAACAAGGCACCUUCACUUCAAAUCGAGGUUUCCAUUCAUUAAGAGCUCUCCACUAGCAAUUUGAAAGAGUGCCUAUUUUGGAUAUAGUGGUCUAGAGGGAAGCAGGGAAUACUGACUAGGAAUCUGAAACUUGUUUCUGUAGUCACAGAAUUAAUAGCCCAGAAGCAGCUUUGUAUUUGCAUAUCACCUUUCCGUGUUUGUGUAAUUAAUGGAAAAUUCUGGAAUACCUUCCACAGCAGUACUGUCCUUUUGCCUUCACCAGCACUGCUAACACGAGCAUGUGAAAACAGCCCCAGCCCAGAUGAUUUCACACAGGAGUUGGUGGCUGGUGUUGGGACUCGCCAGUGCCUGGAUGUUUCACGAACCCAAUUUUCUCUCUCGACAAUGUCACCUGCCGCAUGAUGGUUUUCACAAAUGGGCUUUAGGGAGUUUGUAGUUAGUUUCAAAUCAUGCAAAUCCUUUACAAAUGUCAGCAGGAUCUUGAUUAGAGUAUAAACCAUUUACUAACUUGUGUAGAUAGGUUAUUAGCAUCCAGUGACUAGAUUGGCUGAAUAAAGGGGAUUAAUUCCUGGUGGGAUCCCAAAUUCUAAGAAUUGUUUCUUAAUGGAAAAAAUAGUGGGGACACGUUUUAGGAUCCCAUUCCGAACUGAGACAGAAUUGUAUUCAGUAGAGUUUCUGGAUGCUGCUUCUCUGAUACAGGAGACUAAACUGUAUGAAGAAAGGUCUAGCCCUUCAUAGUUUGAUAGACCCUUUAACUUCCUGUCUCUUUCUCUUUCUCUACAUAUCCCUGUUUCCUCUUCUUUUCCUCUUAUUGUUAAUGAAACUUACUGUAGGUUUUUUUCUUAAAGGGAUCUCUAACUGUUGAAUUAAUAUUAGUGCCUUUGGCAGACUAUUACA